GUACCAAACUCUAACCGCCAGCUUCGAAAAUCGGAAUUGCUUCAUUGUGUUGCCGCUGGUGAAGGGCUGGUCAACGUCCUCAAGGAUAGCUUUCCCAUUUGCACAGCGAUUCGGAGCCACUGCCCCCAGCAGCCACCACGCCCUGAUGACGGCCAGGUCGUUGCAAAGAACGAUCAAGAAUUUGUUCCUAUACCGCGCAGCCCGAGACGAAAGCAAGGAUGGAAAGUGGACCGUUGUGGUGCAUCAACUUGCAGAAUCCCUUCUCCGGCCGGAGGAAGCAAAACUCAAGAAUGCCACUGGUAGUUCAAGCGUAGAUCCGAGAGUAGAGGAACUCUCUCCACCAGAGGUGUCUCCGAGAAUUGAGCCGAGCCACAAGAACCUACAUGUGAAUGGCCAUGGUGGUGCGGAGGAGGCUGAACCUUUUGGGGAUGAGCCGGAGACACUCGCUGCAAGCAGUUCCCAAAGGCAUGAAGUGGACUGGAGAUUUGUGAGGCAGAUUGCUGCAUCAUACGCACGGGGUUUGGACAAAAGGAAGGGGGAGCUUGCAGAAAAGAUCGUCUCAGAGGUGGUGAAGAGUCAGGUUGGGAAGUCGGGUGUCUCAGACUUGGAAGUGCUCAACCAGGUGCUUGCAAAGGUGAAAGACGUGAGGGAGGCGCAAGCCGUCAGUGAGAAGAAUUUGCAGGCAGCAGUCCAACAGGCUGCUGAUGCAUGGGCCGAGACGUCCGCCACUAGCAUGUCUACCCUUGUGUCCAAGGAAUUUGAACAGAUGUCAGAUGAAGUUGCUUUCGUUUUGGCCAAAGAAUUGUCACAGUCGAGAAAGUUUUGUGAGGCUUUGGCCAGAGGGGUGCAGAAGUCUGGAGCUGCUGCAACGAAGCAGGCGCUCGAGGUGCUGCGGCCGCCAGAGAUUCAGGAAUCCCUUGGCCAUGCGCUGUCUGAGGCGCUUGAGGAGACUCUUACUCCUGUUUUCAAGACGGAGCUGCGGUCCCAUUUCGAGCAAGAUUUAGGGCCACUCAUUGGUCUAAGAGUGACAGAAAUGCUAUCCGUCUUUCGCGAACGCAUGACAGAGUGCUUGCAGGGCAUUGCCGCCGAACAUGAACAAGCAGCGCAGCGCUUGGGUCGAGAUUUAGCUCCGUUAGUGGCUGACGAGCUGAAGCAGGUGAGACAUCUCAUGCAGACCUCGUCAAGUCAGUCAGGCAGCCUUUCUGAGGCGCAGCUGGAUGAGCUCACAAGCUCCAUAGAAGUCGAGGUCAUCGAACCACUUCACGCUCGUGUGAAGGAGCUCACGGUGCAAGUCAAGGCUCUUCGUGCAGAAGCGGAACAGCUCCAGCGGCGCUCAGAAGGCCAUUCCUAUUCGGUUGGAGGCCAUUCCUAUUCGGUUGGAGGCAAGUCUCACGGUCCCGAAGCAGAGGCUGCGCAGGCCCGAGACAUACAAAAGCUCUUUCGAGAGGGACGAGCCGAGGAUGCGUUUCAGCUUGCCUUGCA